AUGGCCGAACAUCCUCGCAGUGAAACGCCGGAUUCUGACGCCGGCCAUGGCGAGAACAGCGUCAAUGGUUCGACCACGGAUGGCCAGCCAUCGCGCAAGCGGCAGCGCGUGCGGCUGAGCUGCCUCGAAUGCCGUCGGCGAAAGCUCUCGUGCGACCGUGGCUUCCCCUGCGAGCGCUGCAUUAAGAGCGGCACGCCGGAUCGUUGCAGCUACGAGGCCCGCAACGGCGAGGUCGUCAGUGCAGCGUCCGGCGUCCCUCCCCCCUUCGCGCAGCUCGACCAUCGGAGGUACGGCUUGGGCGACUCCGUCUCCCCUCGCGAGUCCGAUGUCAUCCGACAGGAUCACGACCGCAUUCGCAAGCUGGAGCUGGAGCUGUCCCAGCUCAAGAACCUCCUGCAGCGCCAGGUGGGCUCCGCCUCGCUGGACGGAAGCACCGCCGCCGCCGCCGCCAGCUCGCCUGGCACGCAGAAAGACGACGUCAAUGGCGCUGACCCGUCCACUCGGCCAGAGGUCCAAGAGUGCAUCGAAGCCAGCAAGAUCAAUGCGGCUGGCGACACGGGCGAGCUGCGCUUCUUUCGAGGCAAGAACUUUCGAACUCGCUACUUUGGCCCGCACAAUGCCAGCAUGGCUUUUGUCGAGCUGAAAGGGUUGUCACCGUUUAUGAGAGAGACCGCGGAUGAAUGGCUACGUCCUGUAAUCAUUCACGACCGCAAAGACCGUAAGCGUCGGCAGGAAGGGCGUGAACACACAUUCGUCCAACCCGAUGCGGAAUUGGAAUCGUUGCUUCCCGCGCAGGAAGAGGCCGACGCUCUCAUCCACGUUUACCUUGACCAGUUUGAGCAGGUCCACCGGAUUGUCCACAUACCGACGUUCAAGAAGGAGUACGCGCAGUUCUGGGUGCCUGGCUCGGAGCAACGCCACGCUGCCUUUACUGCCCUCAUCUUGUCCAUGAUGGCUGUCGCGAGUUGCGUCCAUACCCAUCCUGACCUCAAAUUCAUCGGCAUGAAGUCUAGUGCACGUCAUUGGGCCGAGAAGUGGAUUUGGGCCAUUGACGCUUGGCAAUCCAAGCAGAGCCAGAAGCAUCGCAGACUGAUUCACUACCAGGUGGCCUGCCUCCUGUAUCUGGGCAAGCGUGUCAACACCAUCAAGAAGAAGCGCUUCUGGACGGGCUCGGGGGCUUUGAUACAGGACGGUGUUGCGGUUGGCCUCCAUCGCGAGCCCAGUCACAUGGGCGGCAAGAUCGACGCGUACAACCAGGAAAUGCGCCGCCGUAUCUGGGCCACGAUCCAGGAGUUUGACAUGCAGGCUUCCUUUGACCAUGGCCUGCCGACACUCCUCAGCCAACUGCACUACGACACCAACCCCCCACAGAACCUCGACGAUGAGGACUUUGACGAUACGACGACAACCCUACCGCCGUCGAAGCCAGACACGGAGUACACAUAUUCGUCGUUUCAACAUCUAGCUCGCCAAAGCCUGCAGCUACGGCUCGAGCUCAGUCGUCUACUCACCGGUCCUGCUUCGGUGAUCGACUAUGACCAGGUCAUCCGGUACACCAACGACCUCACGCAAGAAAUCGACGCUCUGCCGUCAUGGGACAUGAACGUGGACAACACCAAGUGCAAGAAGAAUCCCAUGACUGCGUACACGCUGCUUCACGUCCAGCUACGACAGUAUAUCAUUCCACUCCAUCAGCCAUAUCUGAAGCUCCGCAAGCAAAACUCCAAGUAUCAGUAUUCUGAAAUCAUCUACUACAACGCGGCCCGCGACAUUGUGCUUUUGCACGACAAGCUCUACGAGCAGGGAAUACGGGCGCUCAACUUUUUGCGCGAGGACGCGUUGACGACGGCCAUCAACCUGUGCAGCGUGACAAUGCUCCAGCCCCGAGGAUCGACAAACAUGAUCAUGAUCAACUCACAGCACACCGUCAAGCUUAUCGAGAAGUGUCUCGCCAUGAAGGAAGACCGGCUCUUGCGCUGCGGCAACAAUGAGCCCUGGGGGUACUGCAUCAUGUGUGCCGCUCUCGGCUUGCUGGAGGCCCAUCUGGGGACAAAGACCUCGGAAGUCGCAAAGUCCACAUCCGCCGAGCGUUUCGUCACGCUGCACCAGAAGCUGCUCGCCAACCAAGAGCAAACGCUAUCUGAGGAGGUGUCAGGGGCCAUGGGGCCGCCGCUCGAUGUUCCCGGGCAGAUGAGCGGCCCGACCAAUCUGGACAAGGACGUCAUGGGCCAGACAUCGAGCGAGAUCCUAGGGGAGACUGAUCUACCUUUGAAGUUUAAUUAUUGGAGCUGCGAGGGUAUUGAAAGGCUCGAUAGGCUGGCGGAGCUGAUCAUCAUGUUCCGCCAAAGAGCCCUUUCCAGUUGGCAAGCCAAGCAUCUCGCCGAGUUCUUCCACGUCGCGCCCUUGAUCGAGAGGUACUGCAAGCUCUGGCCAAAACGUGAUUUUCUCAAGGAGACACUUUCCGAAUCCAUAGCCGCCGUCCUCCCCGUCCGUGCGGCGUAUGCCCACGCGCAAAGGGCGAGAUAUGACGGAGACAUUCUUCAGAAAUUCGCAGGUGUUCACACGACCCCGAGGCAGGUCCGGCUCAUUUGGGAAGAGCUCCUCAACGACAACGCGGAUGACUAUAUCGGGUCACUAUUGCCCGUUCCCUCCGUCAUCGGGGUCCCAGGUCUUGACGAGUCCAUACCGCAGCUCAACGCUGCUGACGCGUGGGACGAGAAACCCGAUCAUGUCGCUCGCAGGAUCCAUCCCAUGAGUGACUACGACGACACCCCCAGCUCUUGCGGGACCGGGAUCGUUUAA